AUGAAUAAGAAAAGUUUACCUAUUCGGUUACUUGAAUAUAUCUAUCAUUAUAAUGUUUUCAUACCUGAUGAGGAUGAUUAUGAUGAUGAUGAUUUAGAUGAUAACAAUGAUAAAGUCAGAGAUCCUGCACUUACUCUCAAACAACAAUUAUAUACAACUCGAUUAUAUAUUCCUCUUUUUAUCAUCGUCCUAUACAUUCUUACUUUCAUUGCUUUUGUCAGUCCACAAGAUCAAUUGAUCACUGUCACCAACAUAACUCCAGAGCUUUUCAAUCAACUCUCUAUCGAACAUGCUGAUACACUUUCUUGUCCUUGUUCAACUAUUGCUGUGCCAUAUGAAAUAAUUGUAUCAAAUACGAUCUCUUUUCAUCCAGUAUGUUCGAGUAUCUAUGUGAGCAAAGAAUGGAUUCAAGCACUUUAUUUGUCUUAUGCCAGUUCACUAUUAGUGACAGAUUUUCGAACAACUGCUAAAUCUCAAUUUGAACUUCUUGCUGACUUCUGUUCAAUUUGUCAAAAAACAGUUUCUGAAUCUCUAACUGAUCUGAUGGAUGAACAACUUGUUACUGUUCAAUUACUUUCAGAAGAUCAAGUUCGUUCUCAAAUAUUGGCUAAUGUUGAUCUAAUCAAGAGUAGUAUACCUGCUCAAAUCGAAAGUAUAGUGAAAUUAUUACAAAUAACAACUCAAUCAAACUCUCUCGUUUCUGCUCUCAAUACCAAUAUACAAGCUUUUACAGGUUUGACCCUUGCUCAAACGCCAUACAUUGAUCCAAUUUCAACACAUUUUUAUGAUGAAAACAAGACUUACCAACUUAAUGCCUGGGCUCAAACUUGCAAUAUAGUAAGUGGAACAGCAUUUGCUGGUUUUUAUUCACUCUCACCGCUUGACAGUAUAAAUAAUCAUUUUCAAUGGCCCCUGUAUUAUCCAUACUUAAGGAACAAAAUAAUCCCUAACGCAACAGUCGAUGGAUUCUUUAGUGGAUGUACUCCACUUGAUGGUUUGCUUGUCAGUACAUUAGAUUGCUUAUACAGUAGCACUUGUCUUAAGAACUUUGCCGAUUAUUUUCCAGGUCUCAAUCAGACAAAUUCCACAUGGUUAAAUGGUCUUUCAGCUUCAUUUCAAAAAAGAAUUCCUGUCAAAGAUCUUUUAUCUGAAUUGUUUGUAGAAGAAUGGUUACCUAUGAUCAAUUACUCACAAUAUUUUACUUCAUGUGCUCCAAAAAGAUGUACAUAUACUGAAAUUAAUCAUAUGAAUCUUUUCUAUACUGCUGCUCUUUUACUGGCUCUUUAUGGUGGUCUCACCAUUCUACUUCGUUUGAUUACAUCAUUUUCAGUUUCUGUUUUCUUCAAAGUCAAACAUCGCUCAACUAACAACAAUUUUAAUCGUGGUUCCAUAUGUAUUUUCCUGCUAUAUAAAUCACUUGAUGUACAGACAACUAAUAUAAUUGUAUCUAAACCUUCGUUGACAACAUACAAACAAUUACAAAAAUCGUAUAACAAUUCACUUGAAUGUUCUUGUUCAAAUAUUGCAGUACCAUUUGAAAAAUUUGUUACAUGGUCACCAAGACUUCAUCAAUUGUGUUCAAGUGAUUUUAUCACCGAGAACUGGAUUACUUUAUUAUCGUUUACUCAGAUAACGGGGCUUUUGGUAUGGCCUACAAUGGAUUGGGAUGGUUUCAAAGGUACACAUUUUCGUUUUUUAUCCACCCUAUGUCAAUUAGCUAACAAAACUGUAACUGAUGCUAUUCAACGAUUUGGUAUACAAUCGUUCAUUACACUCAAUGUUACUACUGAAACUAGUUUUAAUAUUCAGUUAAAUUUAAUUGUUAAUCAAUUCGCUCAAUCAUUCAUCACAAGUUUUGAUCUUCUUAUCCAGACAGUACAACUACUCACUCAAACAGACCAACCUUAUACAUUAGAUGGCAAUGCAGUUUUAUUUUAUUUAACAACACAAGAUGAAAUUAAUGGUGCACAAUAUGCUCGGGUAUAG